AUGUCAUCGAAUGCUGGUCGUAUUGGUAAACCAUUCAAUGCCAUUGUAUCUCAUCAUCCACCAAUCACAGCUUUUCAUGUUGAAUCAGAUAAUUAUAGUCUACGUGCUACUCUACAAUUUAAAUUACGUUUUUGGGGUAAAUCAAUCGACGUUCAACCGAAAGGAUUAAUUACAUUACAAUUAUAUCAUUUUAAUGAAUCUUAUACAUGGCAAAAUGUCAAUUUAACAAUACAUAAUAUAUUGACUGGUAAAAUUUGGGUAGAACAUACUGGUACAUUGCGUAUCACUAAUCAUUCGUUAGGAUUAUAUUGUCAGUUAGAAUUUCAUCCAUCUAAUUCGUUUGGACAUGGUUGUAAUCGUGUUAUCGGUGAAUUAUAUGCUCCAUCAACAUUAGAUAAAAUGCAGGCAGUUUCAGCUUCAAAUACAUCUCAUAAUACUACUGUUAAUACUACUAUUAAUAUUAUCAGUAAAAAUAUAUUUAAUCAUCAUAAUAAUUCAUAUGUAUUAAAGAGAAUAAUUUUUGGUAAUUGGUCUCGUGGUCUAUUCACAGUCGAACCGAAUGUUUGGAAUGAAAAGGAGGAAAUCAUUGAUAACCAGCCAAAGAAAAACAGUAAUAACAACGAUAAUGAUGAUGCUGAUGGACAAUCGACCAACAGCUCUGAAUGUAUUGAAUCAAUGGAUUAUGGAUUCGAAAUACCACUAACUGGGCAACGUUGUCUAUGGAUUGCUACACCGAAACCAAUUAAUUCAAAGGACUAUUAUGAUUUCACACAGUACACAAUGGGUUUAAAUGAAUUAACAAUCUGUAAAUCGACAAUGAGUAAUGAUAAUAUAACUGAUAAUCAAAAAAAUUCAAGCGUGAUCAUGUCGAAUUGUACAAAUAACAUUAGGGAAGUAAUUCCAUGUCAAGGAAAUUCAAUGUAUGAACAGUUUCUUCCACCGACAGAUUCCAGAUAUCGUCCAGAUAUACGUUUAUUUGAAAUGGGUCUUAUUGACAAAGCAGCUAGUGAAAAAUUACGUUUAGAAGAGAAACAACGUUAUAAGCGUAAAUCAUUAAAUGGUCAACGAAAAAUCUCUAAUUUCAAUUGGCCAAUAUCAACUAAUCAUAAGUCGACUGGUAAACAGUUAAAUCUUACAGAUAUGAAUAGCGCUACAGUGAAUAAUACAGCUAAACAAUUUUUUACAAAUAAUCCAUUUAAAAAAGCAUUUUCAUCAAAUUCAACUGGGCAUCGUUCCACAUUAGCUGAUGACAAUGACAAUGAUAAGAAUUCAUGUAAUUCUUGUAUUGCUACUACUACUACUACUACUACAUCGGAUAUAAGUUCUAAUAACAGUUACAAUCAAAUUAUUAGUCCAUUAUGGUUUAUUCCAUCAGUGAAUCCAUUUACUAAACAAGAAGAAUGGCGAAUGACCGGUGAUUAUUGGAAAAGAGAUUGGAGUAAAUGUCCAGAUUUAUAUUAAGAUAUUGAGUUAUUU